UCCAAUCAGAAAGUAGCCGUUUCAUCUCGCGCUUUAAAAGUUCGUGCGAGGGCUCACACUGCCGGUAUGGAGAAUGAGAGAAAAAAGAGUUUGUAUUUCUUUGUAAAAACAGCUGGACAUACACCCAGUCAUCUCCUGAUUAUUUAUUCCUGUUGAAAGGAGUCUUAUAGCCCAAAGAGAAAAUGGCCACUUCCUCCAGCGCAAAGCUGAAUAAAGCUGUGAAGCAGCUGUACAUGGACCUGCCACAGGGAGACAAAGUGCAGGUCAUGUACAUCUGGAUUGAUGGGACUGGAGAGGGACUCCGCUGCAAGAGCAGGACUCUGGACUCAGAACCCAAGAGCAUUGAAGAUCUCCCAGAGUGGAAUUUUGAUGGCUCUAGUACGUACCAGGCUGAGGGCUCGAACAGUGACAUGUACCUCAUACCAAAGGCCAUGUUUAGAGACCCCUUCAGGAAGGACCCCAACAAGCUGGUUCUUUGUGAGGUUCUCAAAUACAACAGGAAACCUGCAGAAACCAACCUUCGUCAGAUGUGUGAUAAGAUCAUGAGCAAGGUAGUGGACCAACAUCCAUGGUUUGGAAUGGAGCAGGAGUACACACUCCUUGCCAUAGAUGGUCAUCCUUUUGGCUGGCCCUCAAAUGGUUUCCCAGGACCACAAGGUCCUUAUUACUGUGGCGUGGGAGCGGAUAAGGCCUAUGGCAGAGAUAUUGUUGAGGCCCAUUAUAGAGCCUGUCUGUACGCUGGGGUUAUGAUUUGCGGCACCAAUGCAGAAGUCAUGCCUGCACAGUGGGAAUUUCAAGUGGGUCCUUGUGAAGGUAUCACCAUGGGAGACCACCUGUGGAUAGCUCGUUAUAUCCUGCACAGGGUGUGUGAAGACUUUGGUGUUGUGGUCUCUUUUGACCCCAAACCCAUCCCAGGCAACUGGAAUGGUGCUGGCUGCCAUACCAACUUCAGCACUAAGAACAUGCGAGAGGACGGAGGCCUCAGGUAUAUUGAGGAGGCUAUUGAGCGGCUGAGCAAGAGGCAUCGCUACCACAUUCGUGCCUACGACCCUAAAGGGGGGCUUGACAACGCCAGACGUCUUACUGGCCGCCAUGAGACCUCCAACAUCAACGACUUCUCAGCUGGCGUGGCUAACCGUGGUGCCAGUAUCCGAAUCCCACGAGCUGUGGGCCAGGAGAAGCGAGGCUAUUUCGAGGAUCGCCGUCCCUCAGCUAACUGCGACCCAUAUGCUGUGACGGAAGCGAUCAUUCGCACAUGCCUACUUAAUGAGGAAGGGGAAGAGCCCAUAGAGUACAAAUGAACUGAAAAGAAAUCCCAUGUGCCUUCUUUAAAAUAAGUGAUUUGGGGAAUAGAAAUGUCAUGCCUUUUUAGUACUGUGGUUUUACUGGAAUCUUGUGCAUAGUUGACUGGUCAAUCUGAUACAAGAGUCUAAGUGGAGCUUAUCCAGGAAAGUCAUUAGCUGUCCUCAUUUUUGUUAAUAUAAAUCUCGUUGGUGCAAUCUCAGCGCAUCACCGACAAAUUGUUAUAACAGGCUUUAUUCCGGAUGCUGGUUGUCUAGUGAGUAUGGAAGAAUGAUGGGUAGAAGAUUUCUGUUCCACUCACAUAAUGUGAAACAAGUUUUUCUGUGAUCCUCUAUUUUGAGCAUUAACAUGGAUUUUAACGAUUACAUUCCUUUUAUGACCAUGUUUUAUUCUUAUUCAGUUAUGGGUACAGAUGACUGGUUUUAUGUUAUGGUUCAACUUUCAUAUGUACAUCUGUUAAUGGUGUUGGUAUUAUUCUUACUGAAUAAUUUUAUAACAGAAUUUACUUUUUUGUAUUACAGGUACAUUAAAAACAUGUGGUAUUUUCUGGUA